ACAUGAAUACCAUUUUAAUAAUCAUAUUGUGCCCAGAAAUGUUUUUCAAAAUGUGAAAAUGUGACUUUUAAUAUAAAAUACAUUCUUUUUUUCUUUUUGUAGAAACAAAAUACACAUGUCCAUUUUAGGGUAUUUCUAAAGGAGUGCAAACUUUUUGUUUUACUCACAGACAUUUAGUAGCAACUUUUGGAAGUAAUUACUCAUAUCCUUUUUACUUCAAAGCUAGCUUGAGUUAUAUGUUAUCUUUUAACUCAAGACAUAUAAAAACCACCACAAAUAUAUUUCCAAACCUUAUAAAAUGACGACAAGUUGAUGCACAUUCAGAAUCUAUAAACACAUGGAUUACAAGGGCAAUACAAUGAAAAUGUUUUUAAAAAUGUAACCAUAUCUCUCUGUGCUCAUUUUGUAACACAACUAGAUUAUAGCCUGUGGUAUUUUGACCUCAAUUUUCAUUUAGAAAAAACAGCCAGCACCUGCGUAACUGAACUGCAAGGUUAUCAUAAAAAUAGUGGUAGGGCCUAUAAAUCCUGUUAACCUCUUUAAUUGGGUUUGCAGGUUCUUUUUAUUUUAAAUUAGAAAAAUUAAGGAUUUAGCUGCAGACAUUUACAUUGGUGUUUUGUCAGGGAACCCAAAAUGUGGUAGCAUCUUAACUUACUGCAAAAAAUUGAAAACAACACUGAGCAACUAAAUCAACUACUAAAGUAGUGUUAUGACUUGACGUUUAGGCCACUAGCUCUCAACGUCAAACUUCCUGAAUGAAAAUCAAUUUGCACUGUGUACUUCUGGUCAGGGCCAUGCACAGACAUUUUGAGGGGCAGUGGCCGAAACAAAAAAGGGCACUUAGGGUUAUAUCUUUCAACUUAUGACACUGUAGCACUCAGUAAAUAUGUAAAUCUAUAUUUUAUGUUGUGCUAUGUUAAGGUACAACUCUUAAAACAUUUAUAGUAGCCAAUAGGCCUACAGCAUUUUCACAAUAAUUUUUCAACAAUAUUUGCAGGUGCAAAAGCGAUAUACGUUUAUGCAUUUGGCAGACGCUUUCAUCCAACGUGAAUUACAUUGCAUUAUACUAUACAGUUGUUUCGGAGUAUGUGCAAUCCCUUGGAUCGAACCCAUGACAUUGGCGUUGCUAUAGUGCCGUGCUCUAAAUAAUGAGCUACAGGAAACAUUGAUGCAUUAACAUUAACAAUGGUUAAUGGUUUUCACAUGCUCUCCUGCUAUCUGGGCUACUAUUAAUAUGGUCUUAAUAAAAUGCAAUUUAUAUGAUAUAUGUUAUAGAUGACUGGUUUCAACUAAGAAAAUAGAUAAGGGGAAAUGUUUGACAGUGACAAACUGUCAGCUUUGUGAAGGCAUUUUCUACAAAGUGUGCCAAUAACAGCAAAUUCGGUGUUAUGUAUGCUAACCCUUAUUUCCUGCCGUGCACACUCCAGUCUCUUCAGCGUGGAUAAUACAAAUGAAACACGGGUUAGACCGGGUAGAUUUACGUUCUUUAUUUCACUUUUAGGAAUCAUCGGCAUCGGCACAACAGCCACCUAACGCAACUCAAACUCGACUCCCUCUCGCUCUCCUUUUUCCCAAGAGCCCUCGCUGCCUUAAAGGGGCAGAUGCACAAAAUAGCUUUUUAACUAAACAUUAAACUAGAGUUCAACAUACAUUUCUCUUUUAACAUAAAAUAGAAAAGAAAUAAAAAUAAAAUAAAAUAAAAUAAUGAAUUGACACAAUUAAGGUUACAGUUAUAUGAGAUCGAUACAUCAAUUUGAUUUGACAAGAACUCUCAUUUUCUUAUGAGAAUGGAUAUUUAGUAAGUUGUUAGCAGUUAGCACCAAUAAUAGAAAACCAGGAGCAAAACAUUAGCAACAAAGAUACAAAAAACAAACUAUCAAAUUAUUUAUUCUGCUUAGCAAGCACUGUCUGUAAUGUGGAUAAUGUCCGGGAUGAACUUCUGAUACUGUCGUCUUCACCCCAGCGUUCUGACAGAGACUGUCUGUGAGUGAUACUAAUAAAAAUUGCGUAGCAUAGUGCAUAAGUGCGCGAUUUGGCACGCGCCUUUUAUUCUUUGACCAUAAGGGUGGCGUUGUCUAACAAUGUGCACUGUUGCUAUAGUAACGCACUGACGCUUUCUGAAGCGCAGUUUGUCAGUCGAGACAAAUGCAGCGGAGUGCCACCUGAUAAUUUGUUGCUGGUUACAUUACAAAGGAAUUGAAGUGAAAAAUGAAGUGCCACGACAGAAAAAAGUAAUUGAAGAGCAGACAGACACGGUCAAAAGUCCGGUUUGCAACAGUACAGUAAAGAGAAGACGAAUCAGCGUGUUAACAUUGCAAGCAAGCAGGUAAUUGUGUAGACAAAAGAGUGUUAAGAAAACACGCUAUGGUGAGCAAACGCCAUUUUAGUCUAUUGUUGUCUUAUAUGCGUAGCCUAUAGCAUUUAUGAAUAGAAAGAUUGAAUAAUUGUAGCCCUACACAUUUUCAUAUAUCUGAUAUAUCAGAUAUAAAUAUAAACUAUUUAACAGCAUGGCUGAGUGAUAGAUGUGUCUUGGACUUUCUUGAUCCAAUACCCCUCUCUAAAGCCAAAACUAAAACCGCAUUUGUAAAUGUAGAGAAACGUCUGAACAUUAUUAGUGCAACAUUGCUUAUGCCACAUACUUAAUUAAAAAAGCAAGAGUCUAAAUAUCUAAACCAUGUUGACAUUUUACAUUUAGUAGCCUAAAAAACCACAAAGAGUGUUGCUCCUGUUGUCAGCAUGAAAGACAUCAGCAGCAAAGUCAGCAUUCGGCCUUUCACAAGCGACAAGGAUCUGGCCGAGAGGACGAGACCAGCUAAUGUGAAAAGGGAGAAAUUAGGUUUCCUGACAUUGACUUUAAAGAAGCCACGAUCCCUUCGACCUUACGAACCCACCCAACAUAGGAUGAAGUGGCCGAAAGAGGUGGAAAAGAUGCCUACUUUAGAUAUCAUAAACAAAGCCAGCAGUUCAGCCUUGGUGGGUGGUGCUCUUUCUAACACUAAAACAACUCAAUGGUACUCAAGCUCAUCAAACAACAAUAAAAACAUGAUCCUCGGUGCAUUUAAAGAGGGUGAUGAGCCCUUUAUAUUACCCGGCUCAACUGGAGAAGUCAUCGCUCAGCAGUUUCAUCGGGGAAUUACGCUCAGAAUUUGUACUAGUGAGCCUUACAAAAGAACCAAAAACAGUCCUCCUGAAAAGAACAGUAACAAAGACUUUGUUCUUGAGCAUGUUCCACUUUGCUUUGAUGACGAGCUGGAGAGACAGAAUGUGAAUGUUCUCAUAGCUAGACCUCCCACAGUUUACUCAGCUCUGCCGGUAAACACUUACAAUAUACACUGUAUUUACUUAUGCGUAUGUGGAUCAACCUGUAAACAACAGAACUCAGUGGUCAAAUUUUUCCUCAUGAUUUCACAGAUAGUCAGUGAGACAUACCCUGUGAUAUACAACACAGAUCAGUACCAGCACGAGCCCUUCAAAAGCCCAGGAUUCCACUUUCUGGAAACACCAAAGCCCCUGCUCCAGAAUUGUUGUGUCCUGAACAGUAAAUCCCAUUGUGCCGUCAUAAGAAACAUAGAUUCCAUGCAAGAUCCACGAAGCCAGAGAAGUCAGCGAAGUAUAGGAAUUCUCUGUCCACAGAACAGCCCUCAUAUUGGGAAUAAAACAAUGAGGGCUCGUAGUGUACAUGUGCUCUUGGCGGAUGGAAAUGUGACAAAAUACCCCAACAACAGUCCGCUUUUCGUCCGUCGCCAUGAUGUUGCCUCACCAGGAGUGUUUUCCAACGCCACCAGAAGUCCACCAGUUCCUUUUCUCAUGCCAAGAAAGAGAAGUACGCAGGUUCAUGUUGGUCCGGUUGUCAAUGGCAUUAAUCCCAUUCCCAACCAAGAUGCCAAGAGAAGCCCAUCAGACAAAAUGACUACAGGGAAGUUAACCCGCUGCAGUCAUGUGACACCACCACAAUCCCAGAGAAGUGUAGCCAAACAGAAUGGAACUGAUUUCCUAGUAAUCUCCAAAGCAUUACAAAGCCAACUAAAAAGCGAUCAAAAGCCUGACUUUGAUACCAAGCAACACUUUCAUGAGGAAUUCUGGUCCAGGGAAAUAGAAAACAUAUCUCAUAACUAUGAGAUGUCGCAAGUUACAGAUGAUAAGCAUUUUGGGUUGAAUGACGAGAGCCUGUCCAGACCCAGUAGCUCUGCAAAACAUACAUUCCAAGAUCAGGCUCCAGAAAUAAGUACACUGGAUAUGUUGCGCUCUGUGGAUGAUAGCAACACAUGUUCAGAAACCAUGGGCUCGGUAACCCCAAAAUCUAACCAUGACGUUCAGUGGUCACAUGCAAUAAACGUUCCAACAGCUGAAAGUUGCGAAUAAAAAUGUGAAAAGUUUCAAGUUAUUUUAAGUUUUGUUUUUAAUUCCAAGUGACUUAAAUUAUCAAUAAAAUGAUCUUGCUGAUCUCUGUCAGUUAAAAGGAUGCUUGCUCAAUGCUCAUAGAAGACACCGUUUAACAUGUAUAGAUUUGAGCUAUAGGCUAAUAAAGUGAUUCUGUUGUGUGACUGUUCGUGUUUUUAAUUGCUUUACAAUAAUUCAAGAUUAUUUAAAAUAUUUUAAUGUCAAAUUACAAUUGUUUAUUUAAUUCAACUUGUUUUA